AUGCAUCCGCUGAGGAAGGGACCUCUCGUUAAACGAAUAUUAGAGGUGGAACCAGUGGGGGACGACGUGCUGCGUCAAGUGGAGCAGCUGGACACUCUUAUUAAUGCCAACGCCACUCUCAAAUCAUUCAAGGCGACGUCACCACGUCGACCGUCCCGGAGUCAGAAGCAGAUCAUGGGUUAUUUGGAGAAACAAGCUCGCACCGCCUUGGCAUCGGAUACGUCCAAUGGAUCCAACGGGGCCAGUCAAGAUAUCGUCACUUCAUUAAAUGCUAGUGCAGGGUCUGCUACACCCGGCAACUCGAGAAAAGUGCAUCCUCAGAUCGAGAGCAAGUUGCAGCCAAUCGGCAGUGGGGAUCUCUCUGAUGCGAAUAAUGUCAAGGGCGCAGAUGCCAGCUUUCGUCGGAAAUCAACGCGAAAGUCGCUCGUUGAACGUCUAAGCUCCGUGAUGUUUGACGCCCCAGACGGUACUCGUCCCGAGAUUAAGCGUCCAAGCAUCAAAACGCAUCGGAAUAGUCGUCUCGAUAGCAGACGACGCAGUAGUGUCACCGCUUCGAUCAAGGGGGACGUGUCCAAGUUCAAGCAGACUGUGUCGCGAAUGUUUGACAAGGCGUCACAGAUCAAACUGGAUGACGAACGCUCGGCCAGAGUUGCUGAACUUGUGGACAGCGAAGUGAUGGUGCUAAAUACAAGUCAACUGGCUCAAAACCAAAAGCGGAAGGCGCACCAGUACACGAUCUCGAUCCACUCAACGUUCCGCCAAUGGUGGGACUUUGUACUCACUGCGUCCAUCGCGUACGUGAUCGUCAUGACACCGAUCAAAGUGGGCUUCGACGUGCAAUCUUCGGGCUUGAAUUACGCUCUCGAUGUGGUGGUGGAUGUGAUUUAUCUCAUUGAAAUGGUCCUCAACUUCUUCACGAGCUACGAAGACGACGCAACGGGUGAGGAAAUCAAGGACCUGGAUAAAAUCCGUCGGAGUUAUCUGCAGAGCUGGUUUCUCGUCGAUGCUGUAAGUAGCUUCCCAUCUUCAUUGGUAGGAACGACGAAUGGACUUCUGACGCUCUCGAAGAUUCUCAAAGUCGCUCGUGUAGCCAAAAUAUCCGACUCGGGUCUCGUUCGCACGGUAUCUGGGCAUAUCGACCGCUCAAUGAACCCAUCGAUGCUUCGGAUGCUGAAGCUCACGGUUAUCUUCCUCGUCUCACAGCAUCUGAUCGCGUGUACGUACUACUACAUCAGCUUGAACCAGUCCGUCGACACAACCUGGGCCCCCACUCACGACAUACGCAAUAGCGACUCGCUUGGACAGCAGUACGUGGACGCCUUCUACUUUGCCAUGAUGGUGACGACAGCAAACGAUGUAAACCCCAUCACUCCCAUCGAAAAGCUCUUCACGUCAGUGAUGCUCUUUGUGGGGAUCGUAAUCAACGCCAGUAUCAUCGGCAGUGCAGCCAAUCUGCUAGCCAACCUAGACAAGGAAGAGAUCGCUCGAAAGAACCACAUGGACUCCAUCAACGACUACUUGCGCUUCAAGAAAGUGCCUCUCGUCUUGCAGAACAAGAUCCGACGAUAUUACGACUACGCGCUGACCACGCGUCUACAGGAUCCGACGGAGAAUUUGUUUGCAGACUUACCGGAUCGACUCAAACUUCUGCUCAAGCUGAACUUGCACUCGGAGUUUGUGCGUAAAGUGCCGCUUUUCCGAGCGCUGUCCCAUGCAGGUGUGGUGUCUAUUAUUCAGUGCUUAGUUCCAAUUGUUGCGAUGCCUGGGGAGGUUAUCAUCGUGUACGGCGAAGUCGCAAAGGAGUUUUAUUUUAUCAAGACCGGACAAGUGUCGCUCUGUGUUCCCGGCCUGGAGGAGAGCGUUCCGUUAGGGAAUCUCGGUGAAGGCUCGUUCUUCGGAGAGACGUCUCUUCUUACGGGAGAACCGACGACAGCCGAAGUCAAGGCUGAACGUGUGUGUGAGCUCAUGUAUCUGAGUAAAGACGACUUCGAGACGAUCGUCGACAGGUUCCCCACUUUCUUCCUUGCUGUGCGUCGCAUCAGUGAGUCGCGCUUGCAGACGGCGCAGAAUAUCCAGAAAAUAAGUUAA